AUGCCUCUCUUCUUUUUUCUAUUAGCCUUUAUUUGGCAAGCUGCAGUCCCGAAGGUGAAUACUUUCUGA